UCUGCCUGAAGACGCUUUCUCGCUGUUGUCGGUGCUUCUAGUUGGAUUCCUCUUCCUGAUCUUGAUAUUUUUAUCCGUCGCGGGCAACAUCCUCGUCUGCGUGGCAAUUUACACGGAUCGCGGCUUACGGAGGAUAGGGAAUCUGUUCCUGGCCUCCCUCGCGAUCGCCGACCUCUUCGUCGGUUGCCUGGUGAUGACUUUCGCCGGGGUCAACGACCUCCUCGGCUACUGGGUCUUCGGUCAGAGAUUCUGCGACACCUGGAUCGCCUUCGACGUUAUGUGCAGCACUGCCUCCAUUUUGAAUCUCUGCGCGAUUUCUCUCGAUCGUUACAUACACAUCAAGGACCCUCUCAGGUACGGUCGUUGGGUGACGAGAAGAGUCGCGGUUGCUGGAAUCGUCGUCGUUUGGCUGCUCGCGAUACUCAUAUCGUUCGUACCGAUCAGCCUAGGCCUUCACCGAGCAAACGAACCCGUACAUGACGAGAUAGAGGAACACCCCGCGUGCACCUUAGAACUUACACCCACUUACGCGGUGGUAUCCUCUUCCAUAUCUUUUUACGUGCCCUGCAUCGUAAUGCUGGGAAUUUAUUGCAGGCUCUAUUGCUACGCGCAGAAACACGUGAAAAGCAUCCGGGCAGUGACGAAGCUACCGGACACCUCAAUGGCCAAGAGCUUUCGCGCGAAGAGCACUCGCAACAAGCCACCGAAACCGCAGACAAAGACGAAGCCGACGAGCCCUUAUCACGUGUCCGAUCACAAGGCCGCGAUCACCGUGGGCGUCAUUAUGGGCGUUUUCUUAAUAUGCUGGGUACCUUUUUUCUGCGUAAAUAUCGUAGCCGCGUACUGCAAGAGCUGCAUAUCAGGUCGGACGUUCCAAGUACUCACUUGGCUGGGCUACAGCAACUCGGCCUUCAACCCGAUCAUCUACAGCAUCUUCAACACAGAAUUCCGAGAAGCAUUCAAGAGGAUCCUCACGAAGGGUGCCCGCGCCCGAGGGAACCAACCGUCAACCAGCGAGUGCGGAGAAUUUCGAUCUGUGGUAGUCCAAAAACGAAACGGAUCCAUGAUCGAAUGUAAUAUUAGCCCGCGAUCGAGCGCGGACAGUUGUCAUGUAGGAAUAAUGGCGCAAAAACAUCGCGACACUAUCGUGAGCGCGAUAUAAUUCGACUCGAGUUUCUCUUUCAGAUUUAACGAUCUUCCUAUCGAACGCUGUUUACGCGCGAAAACGCUGAAGCGCGCCCUCGGUCUCCCAUUCUCGGAAUCUCGCGAACAACUGUACCUAACAAUUUUUCACCGCGGUCGUUCGACCCUUUACAAGCCGCUGUAUCGUUUACAACCUAAACAACGUCACAGAUAAUCUAAGGCCGGAUUAAGGCUUUCGAGGCCCAGAUCUGAAAGAUAACAGGAUUCGCAGAUAUCUUUAAAGGAGAAAGCGUUGUCUUUAAAAAUUGUCUCGUCCUGCUUUAUCCUCCAAGUCAUUUAUAUACGUAUGUUAGAAUCAAUAUUUAAAAAAUUAUUUAAUUUAUUGAACAAAGUAAAAGUGAAUGUUUGUAAACAUUUAUUUCAUUAUAUGAAAAAAUAAGGGCCCGUGGCUUUAACCUCUUCCCUUAAUCCGUGCCUGAUAAUACGAAUCAAAGUAUGCCCCCUAAAAUUACAUUCAGACGAAUCGUAAUAAGAAGUAAUAGUAAACUGUUUGAAAAUUCCAAUCAUUUUCUAGGGGCAUUAUCAUAAUACACAACAAUAUAUCAAGUCUGGAAUGUUUAAUCAUAUUAACUCACCGUUGUCCUUCCGGGUCGUUAGUUUUGUACGUUAAAACAUUCGCGUGCAAUGUUUCAAAGUCCCUAUUAAGGAGUCGAACGCCGCUUGUACUCUACCAACUGACAAAAAUUUAAUUAAACGUUUAGAACAGCAGUUAUAAAUGUAAACGUUAACACGAACGAUAAAAUUUAUCGUUUAAUUAUUCAAACAAGAUAUUACAGAAUCCGUGAAAUUUUCUCGAAAUGCAGAGUACGUUAUUGAACUUUUCCUUUAUAAAUACUCUAACGCAAUAACACGACCACCGAUUUAUCGUAUCAUUCGGAAACAAAACAGACCCUAAUAUAGAUAUAUGCAUAGUGUUCAAAAACGUACAUGAUACAAUCCGAAAGAGGAUUCUUCGUAAAAAGUCAAAUUCCAAAUCUAGAAUAAAAUAUUUGUCUACAAACCUUUAUUUUCAAGAAAAUAGAUUUGUAAAAUGCGUGACGUGCGUGCAUGCUUGAUAAAAUUUCGGGCUUUGAAAUUGCACGACAGGUGUCUCUUAUGUCUGCAUGCAAUAUGGCAGUAUUUUUCAAAGCGAUGGGAAGGGGGGGCGACCUCUAAGGACCAUGCGAUGCAAAUUGGGCCUGAAAAAAAAUGUGGAUAUUUUAUCCAUUCGGAUGCUAACAUUAAAUCCUGUCGCAAAAGCUUCAAAUCUCGAAUUUUUCACAUUUCUAAAUUGAUUUCCUCGAAAGCAAGAGCUCGUACGACAGUUUUGUUCUACAUUUUUAAUUGGCUUUUUUAACGAUGAAUUAUCUCCUUUUGUGCUGUAUUAACUGGUAGACUAUGUUUAUCAUAUCGUAUUAAGCAAUCGAAGAAUCUACAUAUCGAACGUAUUAGGAAAAGUUCAAACGUUGUCCCAGUCUCUCCGUUUCGGUGUUAAAAAAUUAAAUUGACACGAAUUAUGACUUAGAAUGACCGACGAGAAUUCCGUAUGAAUUUUUUUACUCAGUAUUUUUUAUCCACCAACGAUGAAAAAAAGAUACAACUUGUCGAUACAGGCGAUCGAUUAAGAAGAAAAUUAAAGACAAUCACCAAGAGGUAGUUCAAAACAUAUCCACGAGACAUAAUCCACCCACAAUAAGAAGAAAAAAAAAUGAAAUGAACGCGAGCUGUCUAGAAACUCAACAGGAAGAUAUCGAUUUAAAACUAAAAGCAUACAAAAACAGAUUUGUUCGUAGAGAAAUUCGAGCAUAGUACUUAGAAUACGUUCUCAUAAAGCAAUUGUAAUUAUGAAAUCAUGUUGA